UUUAUCAAUCUUUGCGAAAAACAAAUCUACCCUUCGCUUUCUCUCUUUCUGCAAUCUUUAUAUCUCUCUGUCUUCUAAAUUUCUCACUAAUUUUCCCGAAUUAUACAUCUAUUUUCUUUUCAAAUAGAAAUAUAAUUUCUACAAUUGAAGCUUUUGAGGUUCAAUUCAACCAUGGUGGGAGCGUUAUUUCUUGAAGAAUUCAUCAAGUUGAAGCCUUUCCAGUUCUGAUCGCGUGCUAUAUUCGUCUUCAUCUGGGUUUCGUGAUUGCUCGGUGCUGAUUCAGUCUUUUAGGGUUGCAGUUUUGGUUUCAAAUUGAGAAUCCCAAUUGAAGCUUUGUACUCUGUGGUUGUUUUUUUUUUUUUGGAAUUAAUUUGUUCUGGGUGGCUUUGUAAUUUGUUACCCUUUUGUUCUUUCAUGUUUUUAUCGUCAAAUUUCAUAGCUUUGAAGGUUUCCCCAAAUACUGUACAAUCGACAAUUAUCAUCACAUUGUUAUAGUGUUUUUCUUUCUUUCUUUUCUUUUUCCUGUUUCAUCUUGUUUUUAUUUGAUUUUCUUGGGAAAACACAGAAAAAAAUCAUCAAUAACUGAUAAUUCUUACAGUUCCCGAUUAUUGAAACAAAAUAUAUCAUACAAUAAUUACAAAAAAAAGAAAAAGAAAAAGAAAAAGAAGUUUAUCAAUUUGUUCAUGGGGACCCCUGGAUUGAGCAAUCGCAAUAAUGGGCAGCAAAGAUUAGGCAUUACAGAGCCAAUUUCAUUGGCUGGACCAACUGAGUGUGAUGUGAUCAAGAACCGUGAACUUGAGAAGUACUUGCAAGGUGCUGGAUUGUAUGAGAGUCAGGAGGAGGCAGUGUGCAGGGAGGAAGUACUUGGCAGGCUAGACCAGAUUGUGAAGAUUUGGGUUAAAUCCAUUAGCCGGGAAAAGGGAUUCAAUGAACAACUGGUGCAAGAAGCCAAUGCCAAGAUUUUCACCUUUGGCUCCUAUCGGCUAGGGGUGCAUGGUCCUGGAGCUGAUAUAGAUACUCUUUGUGUGGGACCUAGACAUGCAACCAGAGAUGAAGAUUUCUUUGGGGAGCUAUGUAAGAUGCUAUCGGAGAUGCAGGAAGUAACAGAAUUGCACCCUGUGCCUGAUGCCCAUGUCCCAGUGAUAGGAUUCAAGUUCAAUGGAGUUUCGGUAGAUCUCCUGUAUGCCAGAUUGUCAUUGUGGGUUAUUCCCGAAGACUUAGAUAUAUCACAGGAAUCAAUAUUACAAAAUGCAGAUGAACAAACUGUUCGUAGUCUUAAUGGUUGUAGAGUAACUGAUCAAGUCAUGCGUUUGGUUCCAAAUAUUCAGACUUUUCGUACAACAUUGAGAUGCAUGAAGUUUUGGGCAAAGCGUCGUGGUGUUUAUAAAAAUGUUGCGGGUUUUCUUGGUGGUAUAAACUUGGCAUUGCUUGUUGCUCGAAUAUGCCAGCUAUAUCCUAAUGCACUGCCCAAUAUGUUAGUGUCUCGAUUCUUUAGGGUAUAUACUCAAUGGCGAUGGCCAAACCCAGUCAUGCUUUGUCCUAUUGAAGAAGGAUCUCUUGGACUACCAGUUUGGGAUCCUAGAAGAAAUCCCAAGGAUAGAUUUCAUCUAAUGCCUAUAAUUACUCCGGCUUAUCCUUGCAUGAACUCUACUUACAACGUGACCUCAAGUACAUUGCAUGUUAUGUCAGAGGAGUUUCGGAGGGGAAGUGAAAUAUGUGAGGCUAUGGAGGCUGGCAAUGCUGAUUGGGAUACUCUUUUUGAGCCUUAUCCCUUCUUCGAAGCUUAUAAGAACUUUCUACAGAUAGACAUUACAGCAGAGAAUGCAGAUGACUUUAGACAAUGGAAAGGCUGGGUUGAGUCUCGUCUCCGCCAGUUGACAUUGAAGAUUGAGAGGCACACUUACGGUGUGCUUCAGUGUCAUCCGUAUCCUGGUGAAUUUUCAGACAAAUCUAGGUCUUUCCACUGCUGUUACUUUAUGGGUCUGCAACGUAAGCAAGGAGUUCCAGUGAAUGAAGGUGAACAAUUUGAUAUAAGGGUAACUGUUGAAGAAUUUAAGCAUACUGUCAACACGUACACUCUAUGGAAACCUGGAAUGGAUAUGCAUGUGUCCCAUGUGAAGCGCCGUAACAUACCUAACUUCAUAUUUCCUGGUGGUGUUCGGCCUUCCUGCCCGUCUAAAGUAACUGGGGAUAAUAAACGAAGUUCCAAAUUGAGGGUUUCUUCUAGCCAUGGUCAAGCAGAAAAGUCUCUAGAAGAUAAAGCGGUUGUAUUUGGAGAAGUUGAUGAGAGGAAGAGAAAGCGAUCAGAGGACAACGUGGAUAAUAACUCGAGGAAUUCCAAGGCCUUUGUACGUGUACCUCCCCCCAGCAGGGAAGUUCACGAAGAUAGAACUAUUAGUACUUCUAGUUCUUGUUCUAUGAAAUUUGAAGACUCAGAAGUCAACAGUAUGGGUGGACAAAAGAGUGAAAAACCUUGUCUGAUAUCUUCAGGGCAUAUUCCUUCUGGGAAUAGCGAGACCAAUGGAUCAGUGACAGGCAACCAACAAAUGAACCCUAUACUUGCAGCAGUGACUGAUACAUCUAAUUCUAAAGAAGAAGAAAAGCUAGCUAUUGAGAAGAGUAUGUCUGGUCGGAAUGAUGUGCAUCAAGCCUUUGUAGAAGAAGUUGAUGAGCUUGAAGAUGAUAUUGAGUAUAGAAAUCAUGUCAAAGAUUAUGAUGGUAACAUGAAAAGUAGCAACUUAUACUUUUCAAACUCAAAGGCUGCACCAUUGUUAAGUGGAACUCCUGCACUUAUUCCACAGCAGAAGCCUCUUAUCAGGCUGAUCUUCACCUCCUUAGGGAAAGCUGCUAACAUAAGUUCUUAGUCACUGCAAAGCUUAAGCUGUACCCGAGAGAUAGAUAUAUAGGCCUGUAAAAUGUCAUUUCUAUUUCCUUAUUUCCUUUUGUAAUAAUUUGAAGCAAUCAAUUUUGAUGGCUUAUGUGAAGUUUAUUUCCUAGUUUAUGGUUUUAUACUGCCAAACAUGCUGUAUUCUCUUUAGC